AUGAUCGGGUUGAUCUCGCUGGGCCUAGCAGCCAUUGCAGGCGCCGCGGUUACCCCAAGACAUCUGCACCCACUUCGAACGGACUCUCGGUUGAUCACGGCACAAGAUGGACCGAUCGUCCUAUCUUCCAGUACGACAGAGGGCAGCGUCCGUGUUCUCGAUUACGGGGCCAACGUAGAGGGUAUCCCGUCGUUCGAAGUUGUGAGCGCCACGGGCCAGGCGCUCGUUCUCGAGAUCACUUACUCGGAAACCAAGGCCGGGUUGGAUUCGUACUUGGGUGACGGUCCAAUCCCGCUAGCGGCAGCCAUGGAUACGUACCGCAUCAACCGUUACUACAUCGAUGCUCCGGGCCAGUUUACCCAUCGCCAUGUCCAGGGGGGCUUCCGAUACCAGAAGCUAAAUUUCUCGUCGCCCGGCGAGCUGACGCUGCGGAAGGUUGGCGUGAUCCCAACCACUCACACGACUCCUAUCGACAAGCUGCCCGGGUCGUUCAAGAGCUCCGACAGUUCCUUGACGGAUAUCUGGGCGGUCGGUGCUAGAACCAUCCAGCUGACCGAGAUCCCCCAACAUUCUUCCCCUGAGUUUUGGGAGAUCACCAGCGAGGGUGCCGUAAUCGACAGUCUUGCACCCCAGGCCAACUCAGGGCUGGUUGCCGUCACCAGCACGGCCUACAGCCUCGAAUUCAAGGUCAAGCCGCUAAUCGGAGGCUUCGGCUUCAGCGUGCUGUCUGACACUCUCAACUCAGCGAUCUACAUCUCCGUUGAUGUCGGAGCAAGGACUGUCGCGGCCUACCUCGGGUCGACUGCCGAGGACACCGAGCUCACUAGGGCUACGGUGCCGUCGAACGUGACCCUUGCUCUGGACAGUUGGCACUCGGUACACGUCGAGGUUGCAAUGACCGAUAUUGCCAUCAGCAUCAACAGCGGACUGGUGCUCAACUUUACCCAGUACUCCAAGUUCUACGGCUCUUACGGCCUUGGUGCUUCCUUUGGUCACAAGGCCGUCUUUAAAGACCUCGUCGCCACCGACCCCACGCGCUCUGUCACUUACCAGCACCCCCUGACCGACAAGAGCUGCUUCGACGAUUUCCUGCUGGGUACCAACCCCCUCCCUGUCUCUGUCGACGGCUCGCGCCGGGACCGUAUCGCAUACGCUGGCGACCUUGACGUUGCCGGUUCUGCUGCCUUGGUUUCCACUCAUGGGCUAGAGUUUGUCGAAGGUGCCCUUGACCUGUUUGCAUCCGUCCAGGCCGCGCCCGGCUUUUUCACGCCCACUGUCAAGAUCCAGCAGAAGCCGCUUUCGACUCCUUUGGAUGUCAACAUUACAGGUCUAAUCGGAUACUCGUGGAACCUGCUCACGGCUGUCUCUCAGACGUACAUGCACACGGGAGAUCUCGCCUUGGCCUCGGAAUGGGCACCUAGGAUCGUAAGGAUGCUUGACUGGUCGCACUCGCAAACCUUGCCCAGCGGUCUGUUCAACCUCAGCGACGCCAGCUUCGGUGGAGAUUGGAAUUACUACGACCCGGCUCAGUCCGGAGUCGUCACCAAGUUCAACGUCCUCUACGCCUACGCGCUCCAAGAGACGGUCGGGCUUUUGGCCGACUCCGGUGUUGACGUCUCUGUGUAUCAGGACCGCCUCACUGCGCUGCGAGCAGCCAUUGAUGAGCACCUCUGGAGUGAUGAGCUGGGGGCGUAUGUCUACUCAGAAGACAUCAGGGACGGGUUCGGCCAGGACUCCAACGCCAUCGCCCUUCUUGCUCACGUCAACGUGGACCCGUCACACUCGUCCCACACCAUCUUGUCGACCCUCUCGAGAGAACUUGCCACGUCCAAGGGCCCCCUAGCCUUCUCCUCUGGCGUCAUCGAGCACGGUUUCCAGCGGUACAUCAGCCCCUACGCCUCGGCAUACCAUCUCCGUGCGGCGCUGGCCUCGCAGGACGCCAGAGCCGCCCGGGAGCUGCUCGACUCGCUGUGGGCGCCCAUGGCCGACGUUAACCAUGCCAACUACACGGGCUGCUUCUGGGAGACGCUGGACGCGUCCGGCCGCCCCGCGUUUGGAGCCCACACCAGUCUGUGCCACGCAUGGGCCGCGGGCCCGACGGCCGAGUUGAGCCGUUUCGUGCUCGGUGCCCAACCCACCAAGCCCGGCUGGGGUGAGUGGGCGGUUGCCCCGCAGACUCUUGGUCUCAGCUCUGCUCAGGGCGAGGUUCCCACGCCUCUCGGUGCUGUCCGUGUAAACUGGAAGUUCUGUGGAACCCUCCUCACCAUGUCUGUCGAAGCUCCUGCUGGCACCACGGGGACAGUCACUCUUCCAUCGCCGUUGUUGGUUCCGGCGGCCCAGUCCAAAUUCACCAUGAAUGGUUCUGUUGUCAACGGCACAACUGUGACUGUGAAGGGGGGUUCCAAGAUCACCAUUGUGCAGUCGAGAAAGUGA